CCGUUCCCAUACUGCCCCGGGUGUGUUGUUAUUGUGACUGAGGAGCUGCCUGCUGAGGGAUGGAUGCUGCUUUCCGCUUCUCACUGCUCGACCUAUGCAUUUACUCUCUGGUCAAGUCACUUUCUCGGUAUUCUGAUGAUCUACCAACUUUACCACCAAAUCUAAAAGACAAGUUGAUUAAAAUCAUGAGCUCACAUGGGAUUAUUACAGAUGAAAAUAUGCAUCAGGUUUUGCACCCAGGACUCCAGAAACUGGAUCUCAGUGCCUGUGACAUUACAGAUCAUGGAUUAAUCAUGCUUCAGAUCUGCACCCAACUAAGGGAAAUUAACUUGAAUUCGAGUGACUGCAAACUGUCUAUAACUUCUGAAGGAUUAAAGGUGAUUGCUUCAUCUUGUCCCUACUUGUCAGAAGUGUGUCUUCGAAGAUGCCGGAAUGUUUCAGAUGAAGGAAUUGUCGCCCUUGCACAACAAUGUAGACUGUUACAAGUAGUGAACAUUAGUGGCUGCUUGGGGGUUACAGAUGCCAGUUUACAUGCCCUGGGGAAGAACUGCAAGUUUUUGUAUAGCGUCGAUUUUUCAGCUACCAAGGUUUCAGAUGCAGGCGUUAUUGGAUUGGUGAAUGGAGUGUGUUCCCAUAACUUAAAAGAGAUUCAUAUGGAUCGCUGUGUGAAUCUAACUGAUGAAGCAGUGGAAAGUGUGCUAAUUUUCUGCCCCCACGUUUUCAUACUACUUUUUCACGGCUGCCCACUUAUCACAGAUCGUUCAAGAGAAGCUCUGCAACAGUUAGCCUGCCCUAAUCAAAUGAAGCAAGUAACGUGGACCGUUUACUGAAUUAACUUUAUUUCCACCAUUUAAUAUUUGUUAAUUAAACAAUGUUCUGUAACUUUCGUAUAAUAGCAACAACUGCUCUGAGCAUUUAAUAGUAAAAUUUAUGUGACCAAGUAAUUAUCAAUUAAAUGUUUAAUUUAAUUCAAUCUAAUUACUGAGAACAGUAUAGAAUCUUUGUAUAUGUGCAGUGUAGCACAUGGUAAUAUAUAUUAGUACCGUUCCUAUUAUGUUGUGCUGUGACGUACAAAUAAAUGUUGGUACAAAUGAAUUUGUGUCAGUGGCUGGGUUCGACUGAUUAAUGAUUUGCUUUAAGAGCUAGGAAGGGUACAGCAGUAUAUUUAGUAUGGUCCUGAAUAAGCAGUUCAAAUCCUACUGCAGUUUCUAAAAAAAAAAGUGGGUAGAAUCAGAAAAGAAAGACCACACCUCGUCUGUCCCACAUGCAACUUAACUAACUCGGUACUGUGACAAAACAUCAUGGAUUUAUAAAGGUAUCCAGGAUUCCCACUGCUGCCCAGUAAUAUCCCAGAUAUAAAAACAAAUUUGCUGGAAAAGCUCAGCAGGUCUGGCAGCAUCUGUGAAGGAAAAAACAGAGUUAACGUUUCGGGUUUGGUGACCCUUCCUCAGAACGUUCUGAGAGGUUCUGAGGAAGGGUCACCGGACCUGAAACUUUAACUCUGUUUUUUCCUUCACAGAUGCUGCCAGACCUACUGAGCUUUUCCAGCAAAUUUGUUUUUGUUCCUGAUUUACAGCAUCCGCAGUUCUUUCGGUUUUAAUUUAAUAUCCCAGUUAUGUCUUACGACAAAAAUCUCCACACGCUGCUGGAUGUCAGUCCAUAAUUCUCCUGUCUGGUGGUCUCGGGAAGCUCAUAUUCUAUGACCUUCUGCAGGCAAUGCUGUGCAGCGUAAUUUGUGAACUGUGAUCUUCCUGGAUCCCCAACCAGAAUCUCUGAUCCGUGAAACUUCUUGUAUUCUGUCAACCAAUUGUGAAGACUGGCAGCAAGUUCUUCAUCAUAAAACAUGUCACCUAAAAGAAUCACAUCCCAUUUUUCUUCCAUCUCUCCAAUUAAACUUUCUAUUGCCACUCGUAGUGGUGGUAUUUUGUUAAGUUCACAGUUCAUUCCUAUAGAGACUGCUGCAACUGUAGAAGAGCAAAAUAAAACAAUGUAAACAAAUAUGACAAAGGUUUGUAAAAUGAUUACCAUUUGAGAGCUUGGGUUCUAAAGAGAAGGAAUACUGUAUCACUUUUUUUUUAUAUAUCGUGCACAUUAAAGGGAAAGAACUGCCUCACAGCAUCAGGGACCUAGGUUCAAUUCCACCCUUGGGUGACUGCCUGUGUGGAGUUUGCACAUUCUCCCCGUGUCUGCGUGGGUUUCCUCCAGGUGCUCCAGUUUCCUCCCUCAGUCCAAAGAUGUUCAGGUUAGGUGGAUUGGCCAUGCUAAAUUGCACGUAAUGUUCAGGGAUGUGUAGAUUAGGUAGGUUAUAGGGCAAUGGGUCUGGGUGGGACACUCUGAGAGUCAGUGUGGAUUUGUUGGGCUAAAGGGCCUGUUUCCACACUCUAGGGAUUCUAGGAUUUUUUGAGUAUGACAGGAACUUUUAGAUUUGUUCAUUCAGGCAUUUCUGUGAAGGUUUGCAGCCUUGGAAUAGAACUCAAAGUUAACAGUUGAAUGUAUUGAAAAAAAAAGAGAAAAUUGUGCUGUUGCUUACGAGCAAUGUCAGAAACAUCCAGAAGACCAGAGAGUUAAUCACUAUAUGUGGGCACUGAAGAAUGGAGGCCAAAGUGCUAAACUAGUGAAAAGACUGGUGAAAAAACUGCUGGAAGUGGAAUUUCUGGAAAACCCUAUAGAUUUGCUUUGAAGGUACUGUGACAUCAGUAUGAAGAAAGCUCCAGCACAAACUCCAGUCAUGCCAACCACACAAGAAUCCUUAGCUAAGGUUUGAGAGUCUGAUGUUGUUGGAGUAAGUUGUGUUGAGUGUUUCUUUUGAUUUAGUCUUAUUGUAAAUGUCAAAAUGUUGUAUAACAGUUUAUGUUUUUCAUUCACAUAAUAAACUUUUAUAUUUUGUUAAAAGUACA